GGCGCCACCGUCGGCUGUCUGCUGUGACGUCACGGCCGUCGAGAAAGCGAGCGGCGGCGGCGGCGGACGGUCGUGUGUCGAGGUGUGUCCCGCGGCCGGUGGGCCCCGCGAGCGCGCGAACGAUUCUGCCGCCAAAACGACAACGAGGACGGGUGGAUGAGUAGCCCCAGCGCAUGGUUGGCGCGCUCCGAGGGUGACGCCAUGCAGCCCGGAGUGCUGAAGCUGGAGAAGGAGCUGAUGCAGCUGACGCUCAGCUCGCCAGCCAGUCUGUCGCCGCCGGGCGGUCCGCUGGAGCCAGCCUCCGACCCGGACACCUCGCCCGACCAGGCCGGCAUGCAGGUCGGCUACCGCGAGGGCCGCGGCGUGCCGCCCACCGGCCUCAUGGAGGGCAUCUUCGGCUGCCUGCGGCCCGUCUGGACCAUCAUCAGCGCCAAGAAGGCGAUGGCCGCGCCCGAGAACUGGGAGGUGCCGUUCGAGCACAUCAGUGACCUGCAGUGGCUCGGCUCGGGCGCGCAGGGCGCCGUGUUCCGGGGCAGCCUCCGCGGCGAGACCGUGGCUGUGAAGAAGGUCCGCGAACACAAGGAGACGGACAUCCGUCACCUGAGGCGACUCAACCACCCCAACAUCGUGCAGUUCAAGGGCGUGUCCACGCAGGCGCCCUGCUUCUGUAUCAUCAUGGAGUACUGUCCCUACGGCAGUCUGUACGACCACCUCAAGGACGGAAAGGAGAUCGCUCCGAAACGACUGGUCGACUGGACCAAGCAGAUCGCCACGGCGAUGAGCUAUCUGCACCAGCAUAAAAUCAUUCACCGCGAUCUCAAGAGCCCCAACAUCCUGAUCGGCAGCAGCGAGAGCAUCAAGAUCAGUGACUUCGGCACCAGUCGCGAGUGGAACAACAUGAGCACCCGCAUGUCGUUUGCCGGCACCGUGGCGUGGAUGGCGCCGGAGGUGAUCCGCAAUGAGCCCUGCUCGGAGAAGGUAGAUGUCUGGUCGUUCGGCGUGGUGCUCUGGGAGCUGCUCACCUGCGAGAUGCCCUACAGCGACGUCGACUCGAGCGCCAUCAUCUGGGGCGUCGGUAGCAACUCGCUCCACCUGCCCGUCCCGCAGACCUGUCCCGACGGCUUCAAGCUGCUCGUCAAGCAGUGUCUGAGUGCCAAGCCGCGCAACCGGCCGUCCUUCCGGCACAUUCUGAUGCACCUGGACAUCGCCUCCAUCGAGGUGGUCAACAUCCCCUGCGACGUCUACUUCCGCACGCAGGCGCUCUGGCGACGCGAGGUCAAGGCGCAUAUGGAGCGGGUACGCUCGGAGCGCGCCAGCAUCCAGCAGGGAGGCGAGGAGCUGGUCAGGAAACGUCGCGAGGAGCUGCGACACGCACAGGACAUCCGGCAGCACUACGAGCGCAAACUGGAGCGUGCCAACAACCUCUACCUCGAGCUGAGCACAUGUCUACUGCAGCUGGAGCAGCAGCAGCGCGAGAUGAACGUCAUGGCGCAGCGCACCUCGCGCUCCGCCCGCGGGCCGGGCGCGCUGUCACUGGAGGCCGGUACCAGCCGCCGGGCCCAGGCGAUGCUGCGCAGCCCCGACCCGCUGCCGCCCAGUCCCAGCCGGAAGCUGACCGACGGCUGCACCCAGACUCCGCCCGACGGCCGGCCCGAGCGACCGCUGACGCUCGCCCUCGAGACCCGCCUCGCCGACAACGGUAACGACACAACAACGACAACAACGACGACGGUGCCGGGAGGUCGUCUGCCGGACGAGGCCAACCACAACUGGCAGCUGGCGACGCGCGGGGCCGGCCAACUGCUCGCCGCUGCCGACUCCGGGAACGGUAACAUCCCCGGGGCGCUCGCCUCGCGCCGCUGCAUCCUGCUCGACGACAGCGACAACGACGCGUGCUUUGUGCAGCCGUCGCCGAGCCGCCGUUCGUUUGUGCGCGUCCACUACAGUCGCCACCUGAGCAGCUCGGGCGAGAGCGACUGUGACGUGCACACGGCGCCGCUGCCGGCGCGCCGCCGCCAGCUGCGUAACGCUCUCAUCGCGCGUCAGUCCGAGUCCGACGACGGUGGCGAGGCGCCGGCGCUGCGCCGCAAGUGCGUCACGCGACGACCGGUGACACGCACGCGCGCGCGGCCGCCGUCGGCGCGCCUGCCCGACUACCCACCCACGGAGAGCGUCUGCGCCAAGCGGCCGCUCAGCUCCGGGGACGAGCGGGAGCCGGACGCAGCCACCUCGGAGGGCAGCCGGGAGCUCAGCAGCGAGGAGACGGUGGGUUCGCGGCGUCGGCCCACCUCCGACAGCCUCUACAGUGACAGCGAGCCGGUGGGAGCGGUCUCUCAGUCGCUGCAACUGCGGUAGUGGCGCCGCGCUGCCCCCCGAUCGAUCUCUGAAGUCGGCGUGUUCCGGGCGCGGGUCGGACCGGCCGGGUGGGUAAGGGCUCUGUCCCGGCCGCGGCGUGUGUUUGAGCGGGUUGGUAACAGCCAAAGGCGUGCGAAUCUCUGUGAAUCUAGUGGUAUUUAUUGUCAGAAUCGAGCUGAGUAUAAACUGGGGAAUGGAUGAAUAUCAAAUGAUGAUCUGAAUGUGUCUGGAGAGACUCCUCUUUCAGUUGAAUCUACCCAAUAGUUCUAAAGUCUAAGAUUGGGUCAAAUGUGUUUCAGGUUCCAAAUAGGGGAACUACUAUGCGGCUAUAACACCCUUUUAAACAUUAUGAGCCAUGCCCGAUCAGUGGAUUUCACUUUUAAUACUUAUAGAUUCACCAGAUGCUAGAGGAAUCUCUCACAUUGUAGGGGAAUUUCCCCAAAGGAGGACUUCCUUUCAUUGCCAACGUCUAGACCCGGGAAUGCAAACGAAACCGACAACUCCAGAGCAGCUCACCAAUAAGGAUGUGACUCAUGUUCGUUCAUAUAUGCUUAGGUUCAUCUCAUCGCGGCCGAUCGGGUCCUCUGUUACUGCAUUGUGAAGCGCGCACGCGAGUGUGUGUGUUGUGUCCUGGAGCUCGCUGGUUGUGCGCGGAGAUGCCGGUUCACUCCGCGCGGCUCCUGAUUGCCAACAGUUACCGUUGUGACCAUUGAUACAUUCCGUCUAUUGUACUUAGUAGCCAUAGCUGAGAGAGCAGUCGGGCGGGCGGCUGACGCGGGCCGGAGCAGCCGUCUCCGCGCCCGGCGCCGUCCGGCUCGCUCGAGUUACCGCGCCGUCCGUUCAUACCUAGAGUCUCGAGUGGAGUGCCGUUUUUCGGGUUGAUUUGUAAAGUGUACCUGCACCGUACGGCAGUCUGGGACGGGGAUUAGCCGUCUCUGGCUAGGAGGGAAGCGAGGAAGCGUGAGACCGUCGCGUGAGCCAACUGCGGCACGGAACGGCCGUAUUCGUUUCGUUACUAUCGAGAAUGGAAAUGGCAUGUGCCACGCAGCGUGCCGGUGCUAAACCGGCAGCCUAACGUGCAAUGAUGCCCGCGAGAGAGUAGGUGCCAUGAUGGCCCAUUGGCACGCACCCGGGCAAUUGGCAGCUCAUUUUAAUACGUCAUCAUUCCAUUACCGAGCCGCUGUGGAUAGCGCCGAACCGACCAUGCUGGUUUUUGGUAGCAAUAUUGGUCUAUUCGUGCAUUGUGCGUUUGAUGUUGACUGUUAUUGGCAGCUCUAGAUACGUGACGGACAUGAGGUGAAAUACAUGUGGACGGAAGAAA